CUCCUCCUCGCCCCCUUCCCCGCUCUCGCGCUCCUUUCCCCCCCCACUCCCCCUACCCGCCUCACUGUCAGUGCAGUGGCUGCGCUGGGAAACAUGGCGUCGGAGGGAAUGAUUUUAACGAACCACGACCACCAAAUCCGUGUCGGGGUCCUCACAGUGAGUGACAGUUGCUUCAGGAACCUUGCAGAGGAUCGUAGUGGGAUAAACCUUAAAGACCUCGUCCAAGAUCCUUCUUUGUUAGGUGGGACUGUAUCUGCAUACAAGAUAGUGCCAGACGAAAUAGAAGAAAUCAAGGAGACACUGAUAGACUGGUGUGAUGAAAAAGAACUUAACUUGAUUUUAACAACUGGAGGAACAGGAUUUGCACCAAGGGAUGUCACACCGGAGAAAUUCCCAACAUUCCCAUUUUGUGGGCUCCAGAGAGGGGCUACUAAAGAAGUAAUAGAACGAGAGGCCCCAGGGAUGGCUUUGGCAAUGCUGAUGGGAUCACUUAAUGUUACACCUCUGGGCAUGCUCUCUAGACCUGUAUGUGGAAUCAGAGGAAAAACUCUCAUAAUUAAUCUUCCAGGUAGCAAGAAAGGGUCACAGGAAUGCUUUCAGUUUAUACUGCCAGCCCUACCUCAUGCCAUUGACCUUUUGCGGGAUGCCAUUGUAAAAGUAAAAGAGGUGCAUGAUGAACUUGAAGAUCUACCUUCACCACCACCACCUCUUUCUCCACCUCCAACCAUCAGCCCACACAAGCAGACAGAAGACAAAGGUGUACAGUGUGAGGAAGAGGAGGAAGAGAAAAAAGAUAGUGGAGUUGCUUCAACAGAGGAUAGUUCCUCCUCGCAUAUAACUGCUGCAGCCAUUGCAGCUAAGAAGCAUCCAUCCUACAUCAGUUCUGCUGUUAUCAUGGCAAAAGGUGAACAUCCCAUUCCUGGUCUCAUCUGUUAUUCCCAUCACGCCGCAGGCAGUGCAGGAAAACCGAUUCCAGAUUCCAUCAUCUCUCGUGGUGUUCAGGUGCUUCCACGAGACACAGCCUCACUUAGCACUACCCCUUCAGAAUCUCCUCGUGCUCAGGCAACCUCUCGUCUCUCCACUGCUUCCUGCCCAACACCAAAACAAAUUAGACGCCCGGAUGAAAGCAAAGGAGUUGCUAGUAGAGUUGGAUCCCUCAAAGUCCAGUCCAGGUGCAGCAGUAAGGAGAAUAUCCUCAGAGCCAGUCAUAGUGCCGUAGACAUUACAAAGGUGGCAAGAAGGCACCGUAUGUCUCCAUUUCCAUUAACAUCUAUGGACAAAGCCUUCAUUACAGUGCUGGAGAUGACCCCAGUGCUUGGAACAGAAAUAAUAAAUUAUCGAGGUAUUUCAUAUAACCUCAGACAUCCAGAAAAUGGAAUGGGCAGAGUCCUUGCCCAAGAAGUUUAUGCAAAAGACAACCUACCACCCUUCCCAGCUUCAGUAAAAGAUGGCUAUGCUGUCAGAGCUGCUGAUGGACCUGGGGAUCGUUUCAUCAUUGGGGAAUCCCAAGCUGGUGAACAACCAACUCAGACUGUAAUGCCUGGUCAGGUAAUGCGAGUUACAACUGGUGCUCCAAUACCCUGUGGUGCUGAUGCUGUGGUGCAAGUGGAAGACACAGAACUCAUCAGGGAAUCAGAUGAUGGCACCGAGGAACUUGAGGUACGCAUUCUGGUGCAGGCUCGACCAGGCCAAGAUAUCAGACCUAUAGGACAUGACAUUAAAAGAGGUGAAUGUGUGCUGGCCAAAGGAACCCAUAUGGGUCCAUCAGAGAUAGGUCUCCUAGCAACUGUUGGAGUAACAGAAGUUGAAGUUAACAAGUUUCCAGUGGUUGCAGUAAUGUCCACAGGGAAUGAACUAUUGAAUCCUGAAGAUGACCUGUUACCAGGAAAGAUUAGAGACAGUAAUCGUUCAACUCUUCUAGCAACAAUUCAAGAACAUGGAUACCCAACAAUCAACUUGGGGAUUGUGGGAGAUAAUCCAGAUGAUUUACUUAAUGCCUUGAAUGAGGGAAUCAGUCGUGCUGAUGUCAUCAUCACAUCAGGAGGUGUGUCCAUGGGCGAAAAGGACUAUUUAAAACAGGUGCUGGAUAUCGAUCUUCAUGCUCAGAUUCACUUUGGCAGGGUUUUUAUGAAACCAGGGUUGCCAACAACCUUUGCAACUUUGGAUACUGAUGGUGUAAGAAAAAUAAUCUUUGCACUCCCAGGGAAUCCCGUAUCAGCUGUUGUCACCUGCAAUCUUUUUGUUGUCCCAGCACUGAGGAAGAUGCAGGGAAUCCUGGAUCCUCGUCCCACUAUCAUAAAAGCCAGGUUAUCAUGUGAUGUGAAAUUGGACCCUCGUCCAGAAUACCAUCGGUGCAUACUGACUUGGCAUCACCAAGAACCACUGCCUUGGGCACAAAGUACAGGGAACCAGAUGAGCAGUCGUCUGAUGAGUAUGCGCAGUGCCAAUGGACUGUUGAUGCUACCUCCAAAGACAGAGCAGUAUGUGGAACUUCAUAAGGGCGAGGUGGUUGAUGUCAUGGUCAUUGGAAGACUAUGAUGUCACCAGCAAAAGAGAAGUUUUGAUGCAUGUCCACAUAUCAUUGACUGUAUCCUGUAAUAUGCAACGGCACAGCUAGUUUUUCUGAUUUGGAUAAAAGUUGAUCAGUAUAGUCAACACCUUUCAAAUGGAUUUAAAUAAAUACCUUUUAAAAAAAACUUUAAAAACAAAUCUUAAAGAAAUCUAUUCUGAUUAUAUCAAAGCAACUUUUUCCUUUCUUGCAAUUGCUUUGUGUGUUCAAUGCUAGUUCCGAUAGCGGUAGCUUUUAGUAGACAGCAGUAGGUGCCUGCAGAACUUGUGUUUUUUCUCAUCUUUAAGAUACAACUACUUAUGCUCUUAAAACAAGGCUGUCUGCUUAUUUAUACUAGCGUAGACAACACUUGGAUUUCCCUUAUUAGUAUGCUUCAUAACCGCUUCACAGAGAGCUUCUGCUUGUUCUUUAUCUUGUAUCUUGUGUUGAUGUGCACAGUGCCAAAAGCAGAGUGGCUGCACUGGGAACCUGACAAAGCCCUGAGGUUUUCACCCCUUGCUGCGCCUUCAGGGAUAUCUGUUCAUCCCAGCAGCCACCCAGCUCAGUACUAUUGGGCAGUAACUGGAUACCUUUUGUUUAAACAAACAACAAAAAUUGCUUCCUUAAGUGCUGACAGCCUUUUUAACCAAUACAUUUUAAAAUGUACAGAAUUAAAAUCUUAAAAAAUCAAAGACUGAUCUUGUACAGAUAUUAGUGUUACCAGCAUUCAUGUGGAAAUUAAAUGAGAAAAGAAAUAAAACUAAUGUUAAACAACUCUGUACCAUAACAUUUUCUGUAAUGAUACUGAAACUUAAAUGAAUAAAAAAAAAAUC